AUGUACGUGGCUGUCGGCCCCUUGCAGCGCAAACCCUCUGGCCCAAGCUGUUUGCUGAUUCUCCCCGCAGGAAGUUCGGCGCUGAAGAAGGUGUGCUCUCCCCUCCGCGGUCAUCCUGCAGUUUCCGGGCGGAAUUCGCGAGCUAACCAGUCUCGCCUGCAGCUCAUCAAGCAACUCAGCGCCACUCCCACUAUCCCCGCACAGAGAACCGCUGAGGAGAUCGCCCAAGAUGGCACCCUGGAUCCCCAGGCUGCCCUCCGCGCGAACAAGGAGGUGUUCUUCUUCCGCUUGGAGCGGGAAAUUGAGAAAGUCAAUGCGUUUUACCUCCAGAAGGAAUCAGAGUUCUCGCUGCGGCUGAAGACGUUGGUCGACAAAAAGCGUGUAGUGCAGUCGCGAACCAACUCCAAUUCCAAGGCCCCGUCGAACUUCGUGGCCCUCUUCGAAGGGUUUCAGCAAUUCGAUGGCGACCUCAACAAACUGCAGCAAUUUGUUGAGAUUAACGAGACGGCCGUGUCCAAGAUUUUGAAAAAAUGGGAUAAGACGUCCAAGUCCCGCAUGAAGGAGCUCUAUCUGCACCGUGCCGUGGAAGUGCAGCCUUGUUUCAACCGCGAGGUGCUGCGUGAUCUGUCAGACCGCGCCACCACGGCUCGGUUAGAGUUGGAGGCAUGGGCCGAGGGAGAGAACCUGCAGUUUGAUACUUCGCGGCCGUCCGAGCGGGCGGCGGGCCCCUUUGGCACGGAGGAAGAGGAGCUGGAUCUGCAAGUCCUGCAGUCUGCCUCCACCGGUAAUCUUCAGACCCUGCGCGAAUGGGUGACGAAAAUGCACUCCGUCGCAGAUGCUCGCGAUCGAGCCACACGAACUUUCUUGAACGCGAUCAAUGGGUUCUCCGACGAGGUCCUUGCUCUUCUACUGGAAAGCGGUCUGGUCGACAUCCACGCUGAGGAUGACAUCAACGAACGGAACUGCCUCCACGAGGCCGCCAUCUCUGGCCGAGACUUUGUCUUCAAGGCUGGUCUUGCAGCUGCAGUGGAUUUUUCCCGAUCUGAUGUCUAUGGACGCAUUCCCCUUCACUACGCGUGUAUGCACGGCCGGGUGGAAAUGGCGCGGGAGCUGCUGGCGGCGGGCCCGCAAACGGUGGACGUGAUGGAUCACGAUAACUUCACUCCCUUAAUCCACAGCAUUGUCAAAGGUCAACUCGCGUGUGCCGAGCAGGUACUUUAUAGCAACGCCCGCAUCGACCCCACGUCCGACUCGGAUCACAUCCCAUUGAACCUGGCUUGCCAACAUGGCUCGCUCCCGAUUGUGAAGAUGCUCCUCGAACGCAACGCCCAGUUACUCCCUGACGCGGAGGGCCUCUACCCCCAGCAUAUGGUGGCUCGGGCCUCCCAGUCCCCAGAGCUUCUAUUACUGCUAAAGCAGCACGGCGCCGACCUCGAUCAACAAGACAAGUUGUAUCAAUGGACACCACUCUUUCAUGCUGCGAGCGAAGGCUGCGUACCAUGUCUUCGGACCCUUCUGGAGCUGGGCGUGGACGCGAAGGUUGUUGACGAGAAGGGCCUGGCUGCCAUGUAUUAUGCCGCGUGGGAAGGACAUCUGGAGUGCAUGCUCCUUCUUUGGGCCCAGUCCUCGCACGGCCGCUCAUUCCAGCGGCCGCUAGACGUUCUGAAUGGCCUCCAGUCCCAGGAGCCUGGCAUGUUGGGGGAUUCAGGAGCCUUCCGGCGUGACAGCUCCGCAGAUAUGGACAUUGCCGAUGGUAUUCCGGACCUGGAGCUGCCCCCACCCAUCAUCCCCUUACGGCGCUACGGCCAUAACUUCCUGGACAAGAAGGUCUUUGUGCAACUCCUCUUCGACCAAGGGAACUCUGCCUCCAUCGCCUUCGAUCAAGCUGGCCGUCAUCCGGCGGCCCGGCUGACCCUUUCGUCUAAGCUCUCCGAUCUCAUCCCUCGCACCAUCGUUCUCCCCGUUCAAGACGAUUCUCGGACAAUAUCCUUCCAUGUGGACAAUCUGGAAACGUUCGCUGUGGACUUUGAGAUCUUCCCGACAUUUGGAUCCAAAGUGAUCGCGAAGAGUGUGGCUUUGCCGGUGGUGUUCCGAGCCGAGAAUUCCAGCACGGGCUCGUGUUGCUUGCCUCUGUUUGACCCUCGCCUUCGAGCCAUUGGUCAGCUACGUUUCAAUUUCCAGGUCAUCAAGCCGUACCACGGCGACCCCUUGGAGAUCACCCAUUUCGCAACCUACUGGAAGGCAACAAGUGCCGUCGACUCCGACCAUAAUGGCCUGGUCACCGGCUCCAGUCUGUCGGGAGAUUAUGUGCAGCUCUUCGUGCAGUUGACCCGCGACCGCGUCCCCGUCCUUUACCCCCAGUUUAUGAUCAAUCACCACGGAAUUGACAUCCCCGUGUCCCAAUUGUCAUAUACGCAGUUCCAGACUAUCGGUGCCGAGCGGGGUGUCAACCAACAAGAAAUCUUGCGAUUCCUGGGGACCCAAGCGGUUCACGACAUGCCGCAGACUCACCGGCUUCUGGCUGCGUCUUUCAUGUCCCUGCGGGAGGUCCUACGACAGCUCCCAAUUGGUCUGAAUAUCAAUCUCUCUAUUCUCUACCCGUCGGGUGCCGAAGAAAAAGCCCUCGAUAUGACCUCCCUGCCCGAUGUCAACAGCUUUGCCGACGCCAUCCUGACCGAUGUCUUCGAUCACGCCCGUGUGGCCCGCGAAGAGAACCCCGACUUUAUGCGCUCCGUCGUCUUCACCUCUUACAAUGCUAACAUCUGCACUGCGCUCAACUGGAAGCAGCCUAACUACCCGGUCCUUCUUUGCAAUGACCUUGGUCAAAUUCGGGACCUCGCCGGCAACGUGGAUUCACUCCCUGUGGUGAACAGUAGCGGACGCGCCUCGAUGUCGAUUAAGGAAUCUGCCCGUAUCGCUCAGAGUAACAACUUCAUGGGUCUGAUCUGCCGGUCUAGUCUCCUGAACGUCGUCCCCGCGCUCGUGGAGACUAUCAAAGAACUCGGCCUCGUAUUGGUGGCCGACACCUGCGACGAGACCGGCCAGCCCGACCGCGGCGAUGCCUUCCACUCUCCUGCUAGUGCUAUGGGGGUGGCCGAGUGGGCGUACCGGAUGCCCAACGGCGUGAACGGCGUGAUGAAAGCCAACGGCGUCCUGCGAUUCAACGACAUGAUCGACAUGUGA